GGGGUGCGGGGGGAGGAGGAGGUGGCAGAGUGACUCAUGGAUUCCUAUCGGGGCUGGCUCCUCCCCUCCCAGCCCCUUCCCAGCUCCUCCACAUGGGCUACCUCGCAAGCCUCCCGUUGCUGAGGGGGGUGGAGUUGCUGGUGGGAACGGCUGCUCUCGCCUUCCUUCCGUUUCCCUAACUCCGUCUUGCACCUGAAGCGAGCGGCGCGGUGGCUGGGCUGCCGAUGGGGCAUGGAGGGAGAGGAGGAGGAGGAGGAGAGCGCGCGCGUCUUCUCGAGCUUCCCAGCCGUCCGGCGUGUCAGCAUUGCAGUGGAUGAGACUAACGUCCUGCCGGGGGCUCUGCAGCUGAUCCGAGCGCUGAGACCACAAUGGGAGACGGAGCGGGUUAAAACCAAGCUCUUCACAGAAGGCAUCACCAACAAGCUGAUGGCUUGUUUCACAGAUGAGAACAUGAGAGAUGCAGUCCUAGUGCGGGUCUAUGGCAGGAAAACAGAACUUAUUGUGGACCGAGCAAAUGAGCUGAGAAAUUUCCAAGUCCUUCAGGACAACAGCUGUGCCCCCAAUCUCUUCUGCACUUUUGAGAAUGGAUAUUGCUAUGAGUUCAUGCCAGGGAAGGCUCUGGGACCAGAACAUAUCCGGCAGCCAAAUAUGUUCAGGCUAGUAGCCCAGGAGAUGGCAAAAAUGCACAGGAUUCACACCAAUGGGAGUCUCCCCAAGCCUUGUCUUUGGCACAGACUGUACAAGUACUUUAAUAUUGUGAAAACUGAGUUUGCCAGAAAGGCAUCAAAUUCCAGCUUCCUUCAAGAAAUGCACAUUCCUAGCCCAGAGGUGUUAGAAGAAGAGAUUCAUUGGAUGAAAGAACAUCUCUCCCAGCUUCGUUCUCCAAUAGUCUUCUGCCACAAUGACCUUUUGAGCAAGAACAUCAUCCACAACAAAGCAGAAGGGCAUGUCCGGUUCAUAGAUUAUGAAUAUACUGGCUACAAUUAUCAAGCAUAUGACAUUGGGAAUCAUUUUAAUGAAUUUGCAGGGCUCAAUGAAGUCGAUUAUAGCUUAUAUCCCUGCAAGGAAGUCCAGUUGCAAUGGCUGAGGUACUACCUGCAGUCUUACAAGAAACUAAGCCAAGAGGACCAGGGAGAAGGAAACAAAAGCAGAGGAGGGAGUGGAACAGUGUCUGAAGAAGAACUGGAGAGUCUCUAUGUGCAAGUAAACCAGUUUGCUUUGGCUUCCCAUUUUCUGUGGGCAUGCUGGGGCCUGAUCCAAGCCCAGUUCUCUACAAUAGACUUUAAUUUUGCCAGGUACGCAGACAUAAGAUUUAAGCAGUACUUUAAAACAAAACCUGUGGUGACAUCCCUCCAAAAGUCCAAGUGAGGUUCAAGUCCAAAGGGUCUUCUGGUUCUUGAGAUUCCACUCUUAUUUUCUCUGGUAUAGAGCACCUGCCACCCUCUCCUCCUGCAGUGCUGAGUGGUCAGACAUCAUGGAACAGGGCUGGGAAAGAAAAGCACACCUUCCACAAAGCCAAAAAAUUCAGCAAAGCCCCUGAACUUGGCUGUGCCAUCCACGGAUUACCUGCCACGUGUUGGUUUCAGAAGGUGAUGUUAGGACAUGGCUGCUGGCAAGAGAUUCUGGGGCAUAUGCAGGAAAGAUUCAAGGGCUUCUGGACUUAAUAGGUGGGUGGCCAAUAGGGGAGAAGGUUUGCUUAGAGAUUUGUAUAGCCUUGAAGGUUAUUGCUGAACGACACCUUUGUUCCUUGGCCAGAAGAAAGAAAACUGACAAGAAUUUUUUUUGUUUUUCAAGAAAAGAACAUGGGAUUCUGGUCUUUUGGUCUGUCAGUAUGGAGGAGGAACAGCAGCUUCUCUUUACUACACCGAAAGAAUCCGUUUGAGGGCUGCUCUACUCUCCACAUGUACAGGUGGAGAGAAAAUCCUUAUGUUUUAAAAGAUUAAGACCCCGAAGCUGGAAUAAAUAUUCCCACAAACAUCAGUUUAAAAAUAUGGAACAUUUAGGCACAGGGAAAGUCCCAGUCCUUAAAGAGUUAUUACAACUUCAGUCAAGCUCAAGAUGGUCCCCCUGAACUAUUAACUGGCAACAGAGUUGUCUGUGCUGAAAAUUUUAUUAGAAGUUGUGGGCAAUUUCAACAUCUGUAUUCUGAAAGUCAAACAACCUCAGGCAACCUCAGAUUAUGUGUGCGUACCGUUCAUACUGAGCUACUUUGAAGAGAGCAGAUGUUACUACCUGAAACCUAGUAAGAUGGGAACAACAUAGUACUUUUUAUAAAGAAUAGAUAUACUAAGUUGAUGCAAUACUCUGUUAUUGUAAUGGCCAUGUGUGAAACAAGUUUACCCAUCUCUUCCACCACCACCCCACAAAAUUUCAUUCAGUUCCACAUGGUACAAGGAUGAUUGCAUUUCCAUUGAUGUGUUGGUUUG